AUGCCAAUCCACGAUCUUUCGAACAAAGUCGUCCUGCUCACAGGCAUCGGCGCAAUUGCUGAUGGAUGGGGCAACGGCACAACGAUUGCAGCGCUGUUUGCUAGGCAAGGUGCCACAGUCUUCGGUUGCGACAUUAACUUAGACGCAGCCAACAAGGCUGUGAACGAGAUUCGGAACGAUCCUGAAGACGUGACGAAGAAGGACCAUUGCGCGAGCCUAGUCCAAGCCUGCAAAGAAUGUUACGGCCGCAUCGACAUCCUCGUCAACAACGUCGGCAAGUCCGAGCCCGGUGGACCAGCAGAGAUGUCCGAGGAAGUGUGGGAUGCGCAGAUGGAUGUCAAUCUCAAGUCUGUGUACCUCAUGUGCCACCUAGUCUUGCCAAUCAUGGAGGAGCAGAGCACCGGUGGUGCCAUUCUCAAUGUCUCCAGUGUCGCCGGUCUGAGGUACAUUGGCAAGCCGCAAGUUGCGUAUGCGGCAACGAAGGCAGCCAUCAUCCAGUUUACCAAGACCACAGCCGUGAUCUACGCUCAGCGAACGAACGGCAAAGUGCGACUGAAUACUAUCGUCCCGGGUUUGAUCAACACGCCGUUGGUGUCGGUGUUGGCGAAGAAGUACGCCGGUGGCGAUGAGGAGGGCUUCCGGAAGGUACGAGACGCGCAGGUACCCACAGGCAAGAUGGGUACGCCGUGGGACGUGGCUCAUGCGGCGCUGUUCCUGUGCUCGGAUGAGGCAUCCUACAUCACCGGCCAGGAGCUGGUAGUGGACGGUGGCAUUGUUAACAGCACUGGGAGGACGCCGCAGGGUUAA